CUGGCGACCACAAUUUGUCAAUCCCUCCGAAUCCGACCUACGAACGACGGACAUUAUACUGGCUACCUGGAACAAACCGGGCCAAAUUUCGCUGACUUCUCAGCAAACUAAGCAUCGCAAUGCCAUGAUUACCAGCGCGAUCGGUCUCAAUAUCUUGGACUCGUUUACCUACAAUUGCCUAAGUGGUUACAAAACGAUUGCCGGACACAGUACGCUCGUCCGGCAAUAGCUGGAUAAUUCAAGAAUAUGCAGGCGAAAACGACGAGCCCCAAGUUUCUCGUUUUGAUGGUCAGUGGAUCCAGUCCGAAGGUGAAGGAAUAUAAGAGACGACGGCACCACACCAAGGACCGUUUGGGUUGUCUAUUUUGCAGACAGAAGCGAGUCAAGUGUGACCGAGGCAAACCCGUAUGUGCCCGCUGUGGCCGGUCAGGCGUCGCAUGCCGGUACGAAACAAGCUACUCAGCUCCUGUUUCUUCCUCGUCGUCACAGUCGUUGUCAACACCCUUAUCAGCAUUGCCCACCGUCCUCGUCAACUCGAUCCUGCAGCCACGGCUCCUGCACACCGCCGGCCCCAACGCAGCGCGUCAGCUACCCAUCCAAGCGCUUCUCCACCACGCCGCGGCACAGGGCGACAUCUUAGGCAUGCCGCUCACCCCACCGUUCUGGGACCUCGCGUGCCGGCAUCCCCACCUGCUCGCCACGGUCCUCGCCCUCGCAGCCUGCCGGCUACGCGGACUGGCUCCGCACGGCGACCGUUCGUACAGCGUGGCCGAGUGCGCGCUUAAGGCGGUCGCGCUCGGCGACUUCCAGCCCGCUCUGGCAGAGCCCCUGACCCAGUCCAAAAGCGACGCUCUACUGUUUACUUCGAUGCUGCUCAACAACCUCGCUUUCGCCUCGCUAGCGGAUGACGACAAGAACGACGGCUACCCCUGGUGCGGUGUCUCCUUUGCCCCUUCUUUCCUUGACGACACAAGUCGCCAAAGCAGUGACAGCAUUACUGGUUGCACUAAUCCCCACACGAACCGCAGCCACGGACUUGAAUGGCUCGCCCUCGGCAUGGGUCUGAAGCCGCUAUUGAUGGCAACGCAAGCCUUCCGCGGCGCUUACAGCGCCUUGACGCCCAUCUUUGCCGCUUCGGACGACGAGAGCGAGACGUUCUCGCGCUCGCAUGAAGACCUGGAGGGUGCGCCGGCGCACUGGGUGCGGCUCGUCUCCUCUACGAGGACGAGCAGUGUCGCCUCUGCCGGCAAAGAAUGGUGUUUGCGCGAGCCGCUUGGGACGCUGGCCGCCGCUCGGGCGCUCACGCCGGCGCCUGAGAACGGGCUCAAGUAUUCGCAGUUCGUGGGAAAGCUGGAGCCCGCGUUCAUGGAGCUGUUGUGUGACCGAGAUGAGCGAGCCAUGUGGAUGCUGGGCUACUGGCUGGGCUUGAUAGGCCGCCUGGGCGCGUGGUGGUCCGGCGGGCGGGUGCGACGUGACGGCGCCGCGAUUCGGUUGUGCUUGCUGGCAAAAGGGGUAUGCGAGAGGCAGGGCGAGGAGGGGGAGAUGUGGAGGCGGCUGAUGCAGGACUAUGACUGCGUUUACAGCACAAUGUUAGCAUAAAGAAACAAGCUUACUCGAGUUUUCACUAUAUCCGGGUUCCCUUCAUGGCUUCAUCCUUCAACCUUUGCCUAGCUGGUUCAGGCUCAUCAGGAUAUCGACAACCAGCCGCCCCUCAAGUACGAGGUCUUGUGUCUACCAUCACCCCGCUGGGAUUCUGGCUCCGUGAAUAGAUACCUCUCGGAUAUCUUGGGCGAGGGGGGGCAGCGAACUAACAACAUUGCGAGAUACACGGUCUGGAGUCUCAGGAACACCGCAACCCCUCCGAACUGGAGCCAUGACUCGCGAACAACGCAACAAGCAUGAAAGCCGCGGUGGCCCCCAAUUUUCACCAUCUCUGUUGGCAUCAAAAGAUACCCAAACCGAGAAGGUGGC